AAAGAAACCACACCAAAGCUGCAGAAGAGGAGGAUGGAGCCCUGUGUCUGCAGAGGAGAAGCCAUUUCGCGUUCAGUACGGGAGUGACCAGAGAACGCCAAAGAAGCUGAAUCUAUAAUUAUUGUGUUAUUGGCUGUGAGAUCAACAUCAAGCUGACAUCACCAUGGCUUUAAUGACGAAAGAUGAAAAGGAUGGGAUUCAACAGCAAAUGCAUAAGAAGCCCAUGGGGACUCGUGGUGGGUGCUGUGCUAGCUGCUGCUCUUGCUGUAUUCGGUGCCUAAGUGGAUUCAUUUUCCUUUUGAUAAUAGCAGGCCUUUUCUUAUGUGUAAGGAUAUUUUUAGAGUUCCCUGUCAUCAUUAAUGGAUUUGGGAGAAACUCUAAUUUCACUAACCAGGCGGUAAAUGCAAUAAUAACCGACUCUGCCGAUGCACCGACCAGCUCGCUUCUCUCUGGAUCAGCCUGUGUCUGUGGUGAGUCUUACGACUGUGUACCCUGCAACCAGACGUUCCAGGUGUUGAUGGGAUCCUUCCAGCUUUUAAAUGAAUCGUACCAUUCCCAAUACGACAAUACAUCAUCCGCUGGUUUCCAGGCAGCAGCCUCAAGAAUACAAACUGCGCUCAAUAACAUAUUCAACAAUAGCCUGCUAAAAGGCCUAUAUAAGAAUGCUUCGGUCUUUUCAAUAAGCCCAUCCCCAUUUACCAUCUAUGUGCAGUUGCUGUUUUAUAAUAUUAGCAAUUCUGGCUAUGGAAUCAACGUUGACGCCGCAGCAGAAGUCCUGCGAAAAUUCACCGGACCCAUGGAUAACGUUAAUAUAUCCCUAGAUGCUCAGAGUGUAGUGAUGGGAGGUGCAGCACCAUGCCCAGUAUCGCUACCUAGUGGACAAACAUGGCCAUGGCAGGCUGUUAUACUAGAAAACCAGAGCCCUAUUUGCAUGGGUAGUCUACUGGCAGGAUUGUGGGUGAUCACUUCUGCAAGCUGUGCUAACACUAGGGAUAUCUCCAUUCUGACUGUGAGCAUUGGUAUAAAUGGUUCCUCCUCAAACAGAAUGUGGAAAGUUGCAAAGGUUAUACCGCACCCCAACUUCACAGCUUCUCCUAUCACUAACAACAUCGCCCUGAUUUUGCUUACAACUCCCGUUUUGUUCAGCACGUCGGUUCGGCCCAUCUGCCUUCCACAAACAGUUGAAGUCCCUAUUGUGGGCUCGUUGUGUAAUAUAACAACUGGAAAUAUUUUCUCUGGUGGAUUAAUGAACGUGGCUGGAACAUUGACGUCAGCUCUAAACUGUCUCAGUAAAUCCCAGGAUGCUCUGAUUUAUGUCAGUCCCACUUUUUCUAACACUCCGUACAUCCAGGUGGGUGUGGGGAGUUCAUUGGUAUGUACAGACUUGAAUAACAGGGGUUAUCUUCAUGGAAUUUCAUCUUUCCAGCAAAAUAGUACCAGCUUGAGCAGUCCUUGUCUCAACUACACUAGUAUCGGACCUGUCGCAGACUGGAUCACGUCCUACAUUCUCACUUGACGUGAAGUGCAUGAAGCAGAUGUGUUUCCCCUUGGAAACAAUUGUGAUUUACCAUUAAAGGUCAGCUAUGAUGUAGUAUAUAUUAAAAAAUAAAAGUUUAUUUUGCACUGUGGAACAAUGUGGGACAAAACCUUGGGUUCUCAUAAAUAUGUAGUUUUACUGUGUUUCAGAAUUCAAUAUGAACGGGAUCAUAUAAACACUUUGGUCAUCCAUGUUAACUUGUGUAGCUGUUACAAAGGUCCUGCUUUAGUGUUUUUGUCUUAAAAUAAAAGUAAGUAAAUGCAA